AUGGACACCAAAAACAUGUUCUUCAUGCGUGCCAACAAGGAACUAUCUUGACUCUAUUCCAGAUUAUUUUCGGUACGCACCCAACGCGCAAAUGGAAGCAGGGGACCUUGUGCUUUAGUUGGCAUCGACACCUGAAUGAUUGCAAAUAGAAAAAAUAGACUCCUGAAAGCGGGCGAGUGAAAGUUUCAAUUAUUUAAGGUACUGCAACUCCUUCCGUGUUAUCGUCUUCGAUGGUGCCAAAUUGUGGUACACACACAUCAAGAGAGACAGAAAAGCAAAGGGACUGUCAUCAUGGGCGGAGCAGUAAGUGCGGGCGAGGAUAACGACGAGCUGAUCGACAACCUGAAGGAGGCGCAGUACAUCCGCUCGGAGCUGGUGGAGCGCGCCUUCCGCGCCAUCGACCGCGCCGACUACUACCUGGAGGAGUACCGCGACAGCGCCUAUAAGGACCUGGCCUGGCGCCACGGCAACAUACACCUAUCGGCGCCCUGCAUCUACUCCGAGGUCAUGGAGGCGCUGGACCUGCAGCCGGGACUCUCCUUCCUCAACCUGGGCAGCGGCACCGGCUACCUCAGCACCAUGGUGGGACUCAUACUAGGCUCAUUUGGUGUGAAUCACGGAGUGGAGCUGCAUUCAGACGUCAUUGAGUAUGCGUACCAGAAGCUUGAGUUCUUCAUUAAGACCAGUGACAGCUUUGACAGGUUUGAUUUCUGUGAGCCCUCGUUCGUGGUGGGCAACUGCCUGGAGAUCGCCCCUGAGUCUCGUCAGUACGAUCGCGUGUACUGUGGGGCGGGGGUGCAGAAGGAGCACGAGGACUACAUGAGGAACCUGCUGACAGUGGGGGGCAUACUGGUACUGCCACUGGAGGAGAAGCUUACCAAAAUCACCAGGACGGGCUACAACAGCUGGGACACCAAGAAGAUCAUUGCUGUGUCCUUUGCUCCACUUGUAAUGCCCAAACACAACCAAAAUGGGAAAGCCAGAGCCGUUCCCUUGCCCCCAAUGUUCGAGGUGCGCACCUUACAGGACCUGUCUCGCAUCACCAUCCGCAGCAUUCUGAAACAGAACCUGACGGGGCUGUGGCCCCACCCACCCCGCCGCCACGGCAACCGGGCCGGUGCCCGCCACAAGCGGCGCCACCGCGAUCACCGCGACGCCACAUCCCUCCUCACCAACCGCUACGUCUUCAUGACCCGCCUCAUCCCCGGCCCCCUGGACAACCACCACCACUCCACCAGCGAUGAGGAAGAGGAGGAUGAAGAUGAGGAAGAGGAGGAGGAGGAAGGAGGACAGCGCUGCCGGGCAGUGUGCGAGCACAUGAAGGGUGAUGAGGAGGAGGCGGUGGAGGAAGAGGAGGAGGAGGAGGAAGAAGAGGAAGAGGAAGAGGAGGAGGAGGGAGAGGGCGAGGGCGGAGGGAGACGAGGGGAGGAGGGCAGUGUGCUGCUCAUGGAGACUCAGGUGAAUCCUCUGAGGGAGAGGAUCCUUAGCCUCCCCCUGCCGGAGCCCCUGAAGAUGUACCUGCUCCACUACAGGGAGAAGUAGUAGUCGAGGGCGUACUGUAGACUGUAGAGAGAGCCACCUUUAAGGGACGUUUGCACUUAUGAAGUGGACAGGGACUGUCCAUACAAAAAAAACAGAAACAAAACUCCUCCUCUCUCUUGCCCUCCCUCUUUUUCCUCCUCGUUUCCCACAUGGUGUGAAAGGUACAUGACAACAUCUACCCUGUUUUGGAGGAGGAGUUUUGAUGAAUACACCCCUCCAUCAUCUUUCAAUUCACACACGAGGAGGUUUGACUUCUUUCCAGUAGUUUGUGAUGGAGGAGGACCAGACUGCACCACCUAACCUAACUGCAUUCUAAGAACUGUCAGUGCACCUUUUUUUCUGAAAGGAUCUUUGGUAUUGCGGUGGUAAGAGAGAUCCCAACGAGGGGAUAUGAAAAGGACUGUUGUUGUUUAUUAAUAGAGUUAUACAAAUGUUUAUAAUCCAAGUCUGAAAAUUAUGUUUGAAGUGCACUUCAUAGUUCCUCCUCAAAGUGGAUGGAAUACACAGUAAUGGAUAGCUAUGUGAUAUACAUACAGUAUAUUCAGUAUAUUCCCUUACAAACAAGCAAAAUAUUUGUACAUGCCCACCUGGACAACAUACACCUGUGCUACCAAACUCCCGUUACAACAGAGGUGCUCUUGUUGGGCGUGGUCAAUCACAUUGACCCCACCCACUCUGGCUGAGAACAGGUAUGUGUAUCAGGUCAUUGGGCAAGAUCGUGAUGACGCAGUGCUGCUUUUGCUAGGCAGCACGUAUGCACACUUUGCCAGUUUGAUACAUUCUGUUAACC